UCGCUCGCUCGCUCGCUCCCUCCGCCCGGCCGGCCGCCCUCCCCCUUUCAGAACACUCAAUGUCGGAACGUUCCGAAGAUGACGUCGGAGCGUUCUCGAAUCCCGUGUCUCUCGGCUGCUGCUGCCGAAGGAACAGGGAAAAAGCAACAAGAAGGAAGAGCAAUGGCGACACUGGAUCGCAAAGUGCCCAGUCCGGAGGCGUUUCUGGGCAAACCCUGGUCCUCCUGGAUCGACGCCGCCAAAUUGCACGGCUCGGACAAUGUAGAUUUAGAAGAGGCUGGAAAAGAGGGUGGAAAAAGCAGGGAGGUUAUGAGGCUUAAUAAAGAAGAUAUGCACUUGUUUGGCCAUUACCCAGCACAUGACGCCUUCUAUCUCGUCGUGUGCAGUGCCUGUAAUCAGGUCGUCAAGCCACAGGUUUUCCAGGCGCACUGCGAGAGAAGACACGGUUCAAUGUGCAGACCCUCUCUCUCUCCAGCGUCUCCACCCUCCAAUUCCAGGACAUCACUUGUCCCAGUGAGAACCAAGACCUGUCUCAGCGGCCAUAACUCUGCCAGCAGCACCUCAAAGCCAUUCAAAACGCCCAAAGACAAUCUACUUACCUCCAGCAGCAAACAGCACACAGUCUUUCCUGCAAAAGGAUCAAGAGACAAACCAUGCGUUCCAGUUCCUAUAGUCAGUUUAGAGAAAAUUCCUAACCUAGUGAAGGCAGAUGGUGCCAAUGUCAGAAUGAACUCUUCAGCCCCCACGGCAGUCACCUCCUGCGCCACCUCUUCCUCUGCGGUCUCCACCCCACCUCUUGCUAAGCCAGUCUUGAUGUCCAAGUCGGUGCCACCUUCCCCUGAGAAGAUCUUAAACGGGAAAGGAAUCCUCUCUGCCACCAUAGACAAGAAACAUCAAAAUGGCACCAAAAACAACAACAAGCCUUACAGGAGACUUUCAGAGAGAGAAUUUGACCCAAAUAAACACUGUGGAGUAUUGGAUCCCGAGACAAAGAAACCUUGCACAAGAUCCCUCACCUGCAAGACACACUCGCUAAGCCAUCGGAGGGCAGUCCCGGGCCGAAAAAAGCAAUUCGACCUCCUUCUGGCAGAACACAAAGCCAAGUCCCGGGAAAAAGAAGCGAAGGAUAAAGAGCAUCUCCUGGCUUCCACAAGGGAGGUGCUUGUCAACCCGCCCGGGCCAGGGCCUGAGACUCUGCUGGGAUCUUCAGGGAACUUGGGGCCAGAACCUAAAGUCGCCUCCCCUGCGAAAUCCAGACCACCUAACUCUGUGCUUCCUCGACCGUCAUCUGCAAAUAGCAUAAGCAGCAGCACAUCUUCAAAUCACAGUGGCUACACUCCGGAACCCCCUCUGCCCCCCGCUGGAGCUGACCUCGCCAACCGACUGUCGAGUGAUGAAGGGGAGAUGGAUGGAGCCGAGGACUCUGAGAAGCUAGACUGUCAGUACUCCAGCCAUCACCCCAGACCUCUUGCGUUUUGCUCAUUUGGAAGUCGCCUCAUGGGACGCGGGUACUAUGUUUUUGAUAGAAGAUGGGACCGUUUUCGACUUGCGCUAAACUCCAUGGUAGAAAAACACUUGAAUUCACAGAUGUGGAAGAAGAUCCCUCCUGCGGCAGAUAGCCCCAUGCCCUCGCCAGCAGCCCACAUCACCACCCCCGUUCCGGCACCCGUUUUUCAGCCUUUCAGCAACCCCAGUGCUGUGUAUCUUCCUUCAGCUCCCAUCAGCUCGAGGCUCACCUCUUCUUACAUCAUGACAUCAGCCAUGCUCUCAAACGCAGCUUUCGUGGCAUCGCCGGAUCCGAGCGCCCUCAUGCCCCACACCUCAGCUUUCCCUCAUGUGGCUGCCACUCUCAGCAUCAUGGACUCAACUUUCAAGGCCCCAUCUGCCGUGUCCCCAAUACCAGCCGUCAUCCCCUCCCCCUCCCCCCACAAGCCAUCCAAAAUCAAAACCAGCAAAUCCUCAAAAGUCAAAGACCUGUCCCCUCGUAGCGACGAGUCUCCAAGUAACAAAAAGAGGAAGCCGCAGCCUUCGACUUCCUCCUCCUCUUCCUCCUCAUUAUCCUUGCCGACACCCCUCUCGUCUCCAUUAUCAGGGCCCCACAAAAAGAACUGUGUCUUGAACGCCAGUUCCGCGUUGAACUCCUAUCAGGCGGGCCCCCCCUAUAAUAGUUUGUCCGCACACAGCGCCAACAAUGGGGUGAGCCCACUCAGUGCCAAACUGGAGCCCCCAGGACGGACCUCGCUGCCUGGUGGCCCCAUGGACCUCAUGAGACACAUGGGCUCAGUGGGCGGCAGUGACCCCUGUCCCCUCUCAGUACCCUCCCUGGCAGGGGACCUUUCCCUGGCCGCACACAAUGCCGUGGCUUCUCUGCCCCUCUCUUUUGACAAAUCAGAAGGAAAAAAGCGUAAGAACUCGAGUUCUAGUAGCAAAGCCUGUAAAAUCACUAAAAUGCCUGGUAUGAAUAGUGUUCACAAAAAGAACCCACCCAGCCUCCUCGCAGCCGUGCCCGACCCCGCUAACAGCGUCUCCGCUCGGCAGGUUGGGAAAAAUAGCAGCCUAGCUUUGUCACAAUCCAGUCCUUCCAGUCUAUCCAGUCCUGGACACAGCAGACCGAAGACCACAAACAGAACGGGCAGGAUAAGGACUCUACCAUAAUCAGACUACAGGGCCACUUCCAAACUGAAUCCUGACACCCAUGGCUGGCAGAGGAACAGGGAGGGAGUGGUCAAUGUGGGGAGAGUCUUUCUGGUGCCCUGUCUAUGGCUCUGGUCUUUUCCCCUUUUUUCAAUUUGACCAAUUUUUAGUUUUGAAGAAGAAAAAGGCAAAAGAACAUGAGAUGGAGAUUUAUAGAAAGAGAUACCAGUGUUUCUGUUGCCUUCAUUUGCCGUAUGUCUGCAUCCUUCCAAGCUUGGGGGUCACUCCUCUAGCUUCUGUCUGAUGCUACUGUAGCACCAUCAUUUUAUUCCUGGUCUGCAUCUGAAACUUCAGCCCUAGGAGUGCAGCUUCCUCUCCCCUCCCCCAAUCGCCAGUCCCUCCUAUCUGCCACUCCACACUCAUCCACUGACCAUCAGAGGAGCUGUCUGCUGUCUGCUUCCCUCUGGACAGCACAAAAAGGGGAGUGGACUUUGCUGCUGAGGAUCCGGUUUGUGAUAGGAGGCAAGAGGAGAGAGCAGGACUGUUUCUGAAUGCCCAUCCUGUUUCUUGGUGCCACCACUGAGACUGAGCCAACUACUCCCUGCAGACUUGACAAUGGUAUUUACUGAUGUAGUGUCCCCUGUACUUCUGUCUGGUCUUAGCGCAGAAGGGAUAGAACAGUCAGGGACAGGGGCUGGAACAAGCUUAGGAGAUGGAGGAAGUAGAGAAGGGGGAGGCAGAGUAGGACAAAAUGUUCCUCCAAAGAAGGCUGAACCUGAGGGACAGUAGCCAUCUACUCAUUAGGAUUCCAUGCUGUAUAGUCUCUUCUAAGGCACAGUAUGCAAGGGACCAAAGCUGAGUGAGCCACAGAAGGAAGCAUCUCAGAGAAAAGGUGCAAGAGCCUGGGCAGCAAGCCAUCCCAGAGUCCUCACUAAAGAAAUUCUCCACUUGCCCACAAGUGCUAGCUAGCUAGGUUAGAAGAAAGAGAAACGAGGAAGGAGAAAGUAUCGAAUCCUUGGGUAUAAGAAAUACUAGCACUGCACAUCUGUAGAUCAGGGGAAUUGCACCCCCAGUUAUCACCACUCCAGGAAGUAGUAAGCCACCAACUUACUUUUUCUUUAGAAAAACUGACAUCCUUCAGCUAUCCAACUGCUCACACUGGAGUUUUGAAAGAAACAGUAGUACCAUAAGCUCUUAUAGGGAAUCCUAUUUGGGAAAGGAACUCACAAUAACAAGCAGAGGUUCUGUGCUGUUCGUCAUGUCAUUCUGCAUAUGACAGAAUGCCAGAAAUUCAAAGAUUUUGCUUCACCACUUUAUUAGAGGUGAAUGCCAAUGUUACAGCGAGGCAGAAAAUCUCAUCUCUUCCCCAGAGUUUUGCCCAUGUCCUCCCAUCUAUCCCCCCAACCCAAAGAUCAGACUACUGUUAUGUUUCCCCUCACGAUUGGAUUUUGCAAAGACGGGAGGCAAUUGGAGUGAUUUGCAUCAAUGAAAUUGCACUGACAGUGUUUCUUAUAAGAUUACUAAAAUUUUUAAUAUAAAAUGAAGAUUUUUUUAAAAAUCAGGAAUUGAUAUUAGGUACCAGGACAUUAGUUAAGAUAAUUUCAUUUUUAUUUCUACAGUGUUAAAAGUGCACUUAUAUGCUGGUUUAUUUACAUCUUGGGA